AUGAACGGGAUCAGGCGGGCCGGGCCGCUGCCGCUGCCACUGCCGCUGCUGCUGCUGCUGCUGCUGCUGUGGGUCGUGGGGCUUGGUUCGGCGUUGGAUGCGGAUGUGGAGGAGCCGUUUAUUGACGUUGACGAGGAUGGUACGCUGAUCAUCAAUGGUAGCAACCAUAUUAUUGUCAAUGGGGUCGACGUGCUGGAGCGUAUCACAUCGCUGUCUUCCGCCAUCGAGACCCUUCUCGAGUUGCAGAUUGAGCUUUAUCCGCCGGGGUUUGAAAAGCAUGUCAUCACCGCGGCCAUCGAUGGUGCCAUUUCCGUGUAUGGGGCCGACUUGGAUAACGAUGGCUACAUUGAUGUUCUCAGCGCGGGCUUUGGCGACGGCACAAUUGCGUGGUAUCACAACCACGGCAACGGCACCUUUUCGGCCCCGCUCAUCGUGGCUGCCAACCUUACUACCGCACGCUCCGUGUACGCAGCAGACCUGGAUCACGAUAAUUACAUUGACAUUCUCAGUGCCAGCGAAGGGGAUGAUACAGUGGCCUGGUACCGCAACUACGGCAAUGGCACCUUCUCCAAUCAGAUUAUUAUCAACCAGACCUUGGAUGGGCCCCGCUCAGUCUACGCAGCAGACCUGGACAACGACGGCAACAUGGAUGUCCUAAGUGCCAGCGUCAACGACAACACGAUUGCUUGGUAUCAAAACAACGGCGCUGGCGUCUUUUCUGCCCCAAAACCCAUUACCACCGCUGCCAAUGGCUCCCUCGCAGUGUACGCGGCCGACCUGGACAACGACGGGCACCUUGAUGUCCUCAGCGCCAGCUACUACGACAACAAGAUUGCCUGGUAUCACAACAAUGGCAACGGCACUUUUGCACCCCAAGAUGUCAUCACAUCGGCCAUUGACGGAGCGUGGACGGUGUACGCGGCCGACCUCGACAACGACGGCCACACGGACGUCGUCAGCGCCAGCGAACUUGACCACAUGAUCGCGUGGUACCGCAACAGGGGCAAUGGCACCUUCUCAGCCCCAAUCACCAUUACCACCGCUGCCGAGGGCGCGCAAUCCGUGUAUGCAGCGGACCUGGACGGUGACGGUGAUCUCGACGUUUUAAGCGCCGCCUACACCAACGGCAAGAUUACCUGGUAUCGUAACAACGGGGAUGGCACCUUUGCCGCUCCCAGCGACAUUGACACGACUGCCAAAUAUGCACGGUGCGUCUAUGCUGCAGACCUCGACGGCGAUGGCGACCUCGACGUCCUCAGCGCCAGCGCCGACGACAACAUGAUUGCGUGGUACCGCAACGACAGCCCGUUUACCCCCAUCCUCAAUCAAACCUGA